AGCUUACUGAGAAGUCUGAGUCGUUGCCGCGGCAACAAACUACAACGAAGUUCGCCUGAUCGGAUGCAGCUUGUGUUGUGAAAAACAAUGUGAAGUCGCUGGUGAUGAUGCAACAAAACUCAUCCAGAAUGAGAGCGGCUCAGUUUCAGAACAAGACCCCUCAGAUUCACAUCAAACAGUUUACUGUGAAGGAGGACAAACCAGGAAAGAUGACGCCGGCAGUUUACGCCCAGGAGCUGCUUCAGUCCACAGAGCAGCGCCUGAGAAGCACCAAAGUGGUGCGUCAGCCUCAGGUUCUGGGGUGGCCCGACACGAGCAGAACCCUGCAUCACAAGCCGAUUUUCCAGCCGUACCCUUCAGAGCUGGUGUUUCAGAACUUCAGCCCCUCACAGACCUACUCCCUACCUCUGCUCCUCCUCAACAACGACAAGGUUUUACAUCACGUGAGGCUGGAGCUGCAGCAGUCUGAGCAGUUCCAGGUUCUGGGCCCUGAAGGCGGAAGCAGCAAAGUGGCUCCAGGAAUGACUGCAGUCUUUACCGUUCACUUCACUCCUCAGGAAAACCAGGACCACCGUUACAGACUGGUCUGUGUGACGCAGGCGGAGCGUUUUGAGAUCCCGGUCCGUGCCAUCGGGCCGCGAGCCAUCCUCGACUUCCCAGAUGAGGUUCUGGUCCCCGUCUGCGCCGUGAAAUGCUCCACGGAGAAAACUCUCCUCGUUCGCAACGUAGGAAACGGCAAAGCUCAGUUCAGGCUGCAAACACAGAGGCCGUUCUCAGUGACCCCUUCCUCUGGUGACCUGGAUGUUGGUGACAUCAUGCAGGUGACGGUGCUGUUCCAGCCCAGGACUGUUGGAGACCAUCAGCAGGACCUGCUUCUGCACUACCACACGGGUGAAGAUGUGUUCAUCAGCUUGUGUGGGACAUGUGAGGAGUUAAAGGUCCGUCUGGACACGGACGUCCUGCAGCUGAAGAGCACUUUCAUCAACAUGUCCAACGCUCACAUCGUGUCUUUAACCAACCGCUGGGAUGUUUGUCUUCAUUACCGCUGGACAGAGUGGAGCAGCCAUCAGGUGGAAGACCUGGUCUCUGUCAGGGAGAACCACGUGCUCCUGCAGGAGGAGGAGGAGGAGAAAGAGUCUAACCCCUCAGCGAUUCAUCACCUCCCACUACUGUCCAGAUCCCCACAGGAGACCAGAGACCAGGACCACCUGCUGCCCCUGUCGGACGGCUGUAUAACCGUGGAGCCGUUGGAGGGGGAGAUAUUCCCAAACACCACAGCCAGGUUUAUUAUCGUCUUCCAGCCUGAGGAGGCCAAACUUUACCAGCACACCAUCUACUGUGACGUAGCAGGCCGUGAGUCCCGGUUACCCCUCACCGUACAGGGUGAGGGUCUCGGACCAGAUCUCCAGCUCAGUUGUACCCUGAUCAAUCUGGAAAAUGUGUUUAUAGAUCAACAAACACGUUCUGAGGUGCAGCUGUUCAACAAUGGGCCUAUCGACGCCCCCUUCAGGUUUCGCAGCAGCAGCAGCAGGUUUGGCGGAUGUUUCUCCUUCAGUCCAGAGGAAGGCCUGGUUCCCCCCGGGGCCUGCCAGGCUGUGGAGGUCCUCUUCCAGAGUCCCACAUUAGGACGUUUCUCUGAGGACGUGCUGCUAACUGUCCCAGGACAGCCUCGACCUCCUGCCUUAACCUUCAGGGGUUCUGUCAUCGGCCCCACGUUUCAUUUUGAUGUUCCUGAGCUCAGUUUUGGAGACGUAGCUUUCGGUUUCCCAGCUACGGUGACGUGCACGCUCUUUAACACAUCCUUCGUGCCCAUGACCUUCGCCCUCCGGGUCUUUGGGGAUGGAUCAGAGUCCCCCAGUGUCAACAGCACCGACCAGGUGUCUGAUUUAUCCCUGAAGAGGUGGCAAGGACACGCAGCUCCACGCCGUCUCGUGGAGUUCACCAUCAGCCCCGCUGCUGGCUCCGUGCGCUCCAUGUCUCAGGAAACCAUUCAGGUGACGCUGUGCUCCAACACUGUUAAAACGUACAAUGUGGUCCUGGUGGCUAAGGUGGACUUUGUUGAAGAGGAAUCAUAUCUUCCUAUCAAAGCCAGGUGUGUAGUGCCUGACGUUACCGUUGAAACUCCAGUUUUGGACGUCCAAAGAUGUUACCUGAACCACCCCAGAGAGCUGACAGUGAAGCUGAUCAACUCCAGCGACCUGCCCGCCUGCUACGGCCUGCUGGAUCAGGAAAAUGAGGAAGAUCCACCGUUGGUUUUUGAAAGUCCAGCUCCCAGAGGAGUUCUUCUUCCUGGCCGAUCAGAAGAACUUCCUGUGGUCCUGCUGGUGAAGGCUGUAGGGGAGCUGCGUUGCUCUCUACGUGUCGCUGUGUUCGGCAGACCCCAGCCUCUGGAGGUGGUUCUGUCGUGUGUUGGGCAGGGACCGGUUGUUCACGUUUCCAGCACUCAGCUGCAGUUUGGCAGAGUUCCUGUUCUGACAGACGUCAUUCAAACCCUGCAACUGUUCAACCAGUCGCCCAUCCCAGCCCGCUUCAGUACCGCCACGGGCUGCAAAAGGCCUUUCUGGCGCGUUGAGCCCAGUGAAGGAGAAGUUCUACCAGAGAGCCAGUUCGAGCUGAAGAUAGUGGUACACCUGAAGGACACACUUCUCUUCCAGGACAAGCUGGAGGUGUCCAUACGGGACAGCAGGACCCACGUGGUGUCCGUGUCGGCCUCAGGAACCGGGACCAUCAUCGUCAGCGACAAGCCUUUUGGGUCCAGUCUUGACCUGGGCACACAUUUCAGCCACAAUUUGGUCACGUACCACUUCAAACUGACCAACCAUGGCCAACGAGUCCACCGGAUGUUCUGGAAGACUGAAAGCCUCGGCAGUGGGAGAAGCUUCCUGCCCCCACUCAGCUCUCCCAAACAGAAACCUCCUCUGAGCCGGGGGGCUUUGGUCUCCAACAGGAAGCAGUCAGGACUGAGCCUCAGCUCGCCUCGCGUGGAGCUCUUUCCAGGCGACUCAUUUGACAUGGAGCUCACAGCCACCUCUGACACCCCCAAGGUCAUAAAAGAGCGCCUGGUGUGCCAAGGCAUCAUCGGGCCCGAGGGCUGCCAGGAGACCCUCAUGUCUGUGAACGUGAGCUGUCGCUUUGUGGAGCCCGUGCUCCGUUUCUCCUCAAAGCAGCUGAACUUCUGCAGGAGGAAGGUGGAGGGCAGGGGCCUGCAGCCGGCGUACGAGAAGCUGGUUGUGAAGAACGUGUCGUCUCUGCCUCUGUCCUUGGAGCUGUCGCUGGCUGAGCCUUUCUACCUGUGUGAAGCUCAGUUAGAGAACAGCUCAACUACCAAGAAGAGACACAAAUCAGACGAAGAAGAAACACUCAGAGAUCCUCAGGGAUCCUCCCAUCCCCGGGCCGGGUGCAGACGACCAGAGCAGGCUGCCGCAGAGCAGGCUGCCGCGCCCUGUACACGUGUUUUCAACAUCGCUCCAAUGUUGGGUGUCCUGCAGCCUGGAGAGAGUGCCAUCGUUACAUUCUCCUUCUUCAGUCCUGAGAACGUCAGCAGAGAGGCGGUUGCUGACUGUCACGUAGAAGACGGACCGACGUAUGAAGUCAAACUCAGAGGACAAACAUCAGAGAUCAGCUACAGGCUCGAACCUGCACACCUGAACUUUGGCCUGCAGCUUUUUUACAAUGUUGGAGAGGUUGAAAUGAUUGUGAGGAAUACUGGAAAGGUAGGUUUUGAUUUCAGCGUCACGUACCCUGAAGGUGAAGAACAGAAGGAUGAGGGUGAACAAGGUGCAAGACGUCAUAUGAAGGUCAGACCCGGGAGGCCAGUGGUGUGUCCAGCUGCGGGUUCCAUCGAGGCUGGCCAUGAGAAACACCUGCGUGUGUUGUACCUGCCAGGUGUCCCUCAGGUGUUUGAGAAGCUGCUCUGGCUGCAGGUCGCCUCUCAAACACCUGAGCAGAUCACUCUGAGCGGGGAGGGAGUGUUCCCCAGAAUCACUCUGAAUCUGCCACAAACCCCGAUCUGUGGGUUUCCUGCAGCAGAGGAGCGCGACAGUGAGGAGGUGCAGGAGGCCGAGCGGGGCAGAGAAAACUCUGCUGCUCCCCACUCACAGUGGUUUAAACUGAGCAACUGUGAGCUCUCAGAUUACCUCCUGGACUUUGGGAUUGUAAUUCCUGAAGGAUCUGUGAGUCAAACUGUAACGAUGACCAAUAACAGUUUGAUACCAGCGUCCUUCAGGACCAACUGUAAACACCUUACAGGAACAGGGUUUUCAGCUGAGUUUCAGCAGCCGAGGACCCUGCUCUGCAGCCAAACCCAGACCUUCACCGUUAAGUUUGAUCCUAAAGAAGGCCUGGCUCCGGGGAGGAGGAGCGCUCUCCUGCUGAUCCAGGUUUCAGGUGGACCUCAGGUGAAGGUGCGGCUGUGCGCCGACGUCAUCGUGCCGACCAUCACGGUCUCCACAGAGAGACUGCAGUUUGACACGGUGCAGUGCUGCAUGUGUCAGAUCCAGACCGUCCAGCUGAUGAACAACGGGCUUGUUGAGAGUCAGUGGCGUCUGGCAGAGGAGGGGAAACCUGUCAAGGUGGAGGGUAAUAAAUUCCCCCUUUGGUCCAGGGGUCAAAGGAUUAAAGGGUUAAAGGAGUGGGGGUCUCCGGUGUUUAAGGCUCUUCCCUGCAGAGGAGUGCUGAACCCUGGUGACCGAGUUAAUGUCCACAUCAAGUUCAGUCCUGCAGAGGAGCGUUCUUACAGCAGGCGGCUGAAGCUUCGUGUGCUCCACAACACUCAGCCACUGUUCAUCACAGCUCAGGGUCAGGGGGCGGAGCCACAACUUGAGUUCUGCCCGUCAGACCUGAAGCUGGGACCUUGUGUUCCUCUCAACAUGGAGGCAGAGGUUGAGGUCCUGGUCAAAAACCACAGCUUGUUCCCCGUCGAGUUUUACUGCCUGGAGUUUGACCAAGAACACCUCAGAGAGGAGGAGGUCUUGCGUCUGAUGCCUGGAUAUGAUGAGAAGAACACGCUGCUGCUUCCUCCGAGGGUCCCUGGACAGGGUCUUCCUUCAGAGCUGCUGGACCACUACAAGGACCUGUGCUCCCAGCUGAAAGGCAACGAGCUGAGUGCUGAAGGAGCUAAUGAUAAAAGUCAGAACGACUCGAGGAAAACGGAGGAUCGUAAUGUCCGAACAGAGACCAACAACUUCAACGUGACGCCCGAUGAUUUCUUUUUCCGAGGGUUAUUCAGAAACGGUCAGAGACCAGGACAACAGCUGAGCCCUGUAAUCCUGGCCCUCACCCGCCACAUGGGCCUGGACCUGCCCCCUGACACACUGUCAACACAGAACCACAGAGGCAUUUAUAUCAUCGUCCACGGAGCCCCUCAGAGCGAUAAAAGCGGCACAGCUGCUGCUCUGGCAGCUCACUACGGAGCAGCGCUUCUGAGCGUCGAUGCCGUGGUCACAGACCUCAUCCAGAAUGGUUCCUCAGCUGUUAGCCUUUCAGCAAGGCAGCUCUAUAACACUGCAGCUGAAGCAUACGCUCAGGGCCAAACUGCAGACACAACACCAUCAGAACCUGCUGCAGAGACACAGAACUGCAGAAGAGACGUCUCCAGAACCUUCCAGGAGACAGAAGAAGUCUCUGACUCCUCUGAGUUACAACAACUGGACGUUUCCACACUCAGCAGCCUCCUGCCUGAACAGAUGCUAGUUGAAAUCCUGGUGGAGAGACUUCAGUUAACUGACUGUCACCCUGGAGUAGUUAUUGAUGGCCUGAAGUCACUGUACACUCACUCUCCAUCAAGCACACUCCAGAUCAUUCUGAAGGCUCUUAAUAACCGAAAACACAUCUACGUAGUUAAUUUAUGUGACACCUACGAGGCCCUGAAGGCUCGGGAAAACCAGCAGAGAGCAGCUGAAGAAGCCCUGCAGAAAGAGAGAGCUCUCAGGGAGGAGAGCUGGCUGUGGGAAAUGGACCAGGACACAUUUGACUCUCUGCCAGAAGACGAGAGAGAGCGUGUCACCCAGAAACACUCGAUGGUGCUUCGACAGCGGAGGGAGCUCGAACAGAUGUCAAACGAAGAGAAGAGGCUGAGAGAGGAUGAACUGAGGAAAAAUAAUACAAAAGCAGGAAAGAAAGAUGCUGAUGAUGUUUCCAAGAAGAAAAUCCUGAUGAACGGGAAGCAGUCAGCUAUGCCAAACGUCCUGAGGAAGUCUUCGUUGAGCGACUCUAAACAGUCCCUUGUGGACACAAAAGAAGAACAAAAUGUGACCAAAGCUGCAGAGUCGUCUCAAUCACCUCACAAAACGGAGAGGAAAAAGGACGAGCUGCAGCGGCACUUUGCUGAAUAUGAGCAGAUCCAGGCUGCAGUGGAGCACAUCCUGCAGCACUGGGACCGAACCCAGGGCCUUUUACUGGUUCCUGUUAGUGGUGAAGAAGUCCAGCCAGGACCGGAUGAUGCCACGACAAAGAGACAGGCUCCCGGUGCUAAAAAGAGUAAAAAAGGCACCAAUAAGAUCGUGUCUCCCUCGCUCAGUCAACCAGCAGUUGAAACCAACACAGGAGACAUGGAGACUUGUCCACACCUCGUCCCUCACAUCGUCCUGAAUGUAACCAGCAGCUUCUCAGAGCUGCUGAGCUCCCUGCCUCCUCUGGAGGAGGUUUUGGAUAACUCCAGCGAGCCACCAGUCCUUCCCCCGACCACCUUCUCUGUUGUUCCUUUCCCAAAACUCAGAGAACCAGCUCAGCUUCAGCAGACCUGUUUCACCUUCCUGGAUCCGUCAGCGCUCAGAGAGGAAGAGGAGAAAGAGGCUGAGGAGGAAAUUCUUACAAAGCAAAAGGUGAUCCACAGAACCCGGAACAAAAAGGGAAAGAAGGCGAUGGAGAGCGACAGGAACAAGUUGGAUGUGUCUCGCUCGCUCUCACAACCCUCCACUUCUGAGUUAAACCCCCACGAGCAGCACCAACACCAGCUGGAGAGGAAACUCAGGCAGAGACUUACAUCUUGGAGAUGGGUUUUACCUGCUGGAGGUGAGGUUGCUCUGAAGAUUUGGUUUUACUCGGAGUCUCCAGGAGUGUUUGAGCAGACCUUCCAGUUUGAGCUGGCAGGCUGCCACAAACUUUACCAGCUGUCCUGCAAAGGCCGGAGCUGCUACCCCUCCAUCUGCACAGAUCACAAAACCCUUUUCGCUCACAGUAAGAAGGUGCCACAAGUAAAGAAAGGACUUCAGAAGUCCUACGUUAUCAAAGAGAAGUGCUUUGAGUUUGGACCUUUGCUUUGCUGCAAGACCAGAGACAGAUUCAAGAUGAACCCGUUUCCUGAGAACUCUGAAAAGCUGGUGAUUCAGAACCAAUCAGUUCUGGAGGCAGAGGUAAAAUUCAGUUUCCUCCAGGACACCCAGGCCGCCACGUAUCUGCUGGACCCCCCAGCGAUGACCCUCGCACCGUCCCAGAAACAGGAGCUGACAGUCUGGGCCUACCCCACAAAGCCGGAACAAAUCAAGGACAGUCUGGUUUGUAACAUCAAGGACAACCCUGAGCCCAUCUCCAUCCACUUCUCCUGCUGGGGGGUGUGGCCAGAGCUGGAGCUGGAGAGGAAGCAGCUGUACUUAGGCAGGAUUCCACUCAACAGAGAGCAGAGUUGCAGCGUGAUGAUGUACAAUAAGACGGCUCUGCCUGUAUCCUGGAGGCUGCAGAGGAUGGAGGAUUUAGGAGACGAGUUUGUGGUGCCAGUGGACCGGGGCGUCAUUGCCUCCAACUCGUCUUCCCCUUUCACCGUGCACGUCAUCCCUCGAAGGCUCGGCGUCAUCAAAAAGACCCUGUUUCUGGAGGUUUCUGAUGAGAAGAACGUCCUGGGAAUCCUACAGACUGAAAAGAUUUGCUUCUCUGCUAUAAAAGAAAAUCACACGAGUUAAAGGAUUUAGAAGAGUU